AUGUCAACUGGUGAAAUUUCCGGUAUUGCAUCUAAUUUUUGGAAUGAAAUACCUGAACGUGAAUCGCAAUUUUGGACUGAAUUGUCUCAUAUCACUAAGGAAAUUCAUUCAAUAGAAUAUCCUAAUUAUAAAUAUUCUCCUGUUAGAUCUCAUAAUCAAAAUAAAAGUUCAAAAAAAAUCAUUUCGCAAAAUACUAAUUUAGAUACUUCGGUGUCGAAAGAUUCUUCAGAAAUUGUGUCACACACUACUUCAGAAAUUGAUAUUUCGCCGGAAAUUGAUAUCAAUCUGUCGGAAAUUGAUAUAGAUAUGUCGGAAGUUGAUAUCGAUAUGCAUCCAACGAACUUUUUAUAUGAUCGCCAAGUGAUUGAUGAAUUGAGUGGAUUCAGAAAUUGUACUGAUUAUGAUUAUCCAAUAAAAUUAACUGAGUUGAGUUUCGUCCCAUAUCCAAUUGUUAUUGGAAAAUGGUUUUUUGCGAAAUCUACUGGAAUUAACAAAGUUGCAAUACAGCAAGGAGCAACUAUUACAUCUUCAUUUUCCUACAGCGGUAAAACAUCUAUUAAAAAAUUAGAUUUUUGUAGUGUAUUUAGAUGUCCUUUUGUAGCUGGAAAUUUUAAUGAAACUGUGUUAAACAUCUUGCCAUCUGGCCCUAAUGAUCCUGUUAAUACGAAUUUUAUCUUUGAUACUAAGUUUGAAGUCCGGAGCGAAGCGAAGGACUAUAUACUAUUCGUAACGGUUUCACAAAUGCCCCGUUGUCCGCCCGCUUGUCCUGCGGUCGGUUUUGACUCUUUGGCUUUUAAUUCAUCUUUUUUAACGAAAUGGUUAUUAAAGAUGAUAAUCACAUGA